AUGCCGCCCAAGACAGUGGAGGAGCAGCUUGCGGAGCUGGAGAUGGAAGCGGAGGCUCCCGCACCGCCGCCCAAGCAUGCCAAAGGGUCUCGUCCUCCACGUCAGAAGAUUAACAAGGAAGACGCCGCGGCUUUGAAGGAGCUGGAGGAGCUAGAGGCUUUGGAAAACUUCCAACAGCCAGUCGCGCCACGACCACUCAGCCGACCAAAUACACCCAAAGUGUCGUCAUCGUCAACUGCCUCCAGCAAUCGCCGUGCUGCCGGCGUCGCCACCCCUUCUUCUACUGCCUCAGCACGUACCAGUGAAGAUAAUAGGCCUGCUCCCCCAAGGAAGUCGGGCGAGAGCACCCGUUCCUUCCACCAGGGCAUUGUGCCCCCACUAGAAGAGCCGACCAGACAGCAAGCGCCCGAGCCAAGGGAGGAGAAGCAGUCAGGGGGCUCAUGGUGGGGUGGUGGAUGGGGAGGACUCGUAUCAACAGCCACGGCAGCUGCAGAGACGGCGAGGAAGCAAGCCGAGGCAGCCUACCAAGAGCUUCAGAAGAACCAAGAGGCGCAGCGAUGGGCAGAGCAAGUGCGAGGGAACGUCGGUGCUCUUCGCGGCCUGGGCGAUGAGUUGGGCAAGCGCGCCGUCCCAACCUUUACCAAUCUCCUCAACACGCUCGCCCCACCUAUUUCACAACAUGAACGUCUCCAAAUCCACAUCACACACGAUCUCAUCGGCUACCCGUCGCUGGAUCCCCUCAUUUACCAGACUUUUGCUGGCGUCAUGGCGCAAGUGGAAGGCGGUGACUUGAUGGUUAUCCAACGAGGCUCUGAAUCAACCCAACGCGGUUCGCUCGAAGGCUACCGAGGCGGCAGUGGAGGCUGGAAUGACGGCCCAUGGUGGCGUCACAACGAUAAGCGCGACCUGAGCGUAGUGAAGGGACUUGUGGAAGGUACCAAGCUUGCACGUGUCAGCGCAGAGUCAUACGCAAACGAAUUCUUCAAUGCAAGAGGAGGUGUAGAAGAAGCUGCAAAGCAGGCGACUGAAGACCUCAGCGAAACAAAUCCUGUGCGGAGUAGUGACAUUUUCAUUGCGAUCCAGGCCAUUAGCUACCCAGUUCAAGCUGAACUCUUCGCCACAUCAUCUUCGGAAGAAAAGUCGGAUGAAGAGCCGAAAGCAGACGACGAACAGGUAGCUUUUGCCAUUUAUCUACAUGACCCCAUCCACGGCAUCAGCUUCAAAGCCAUCUCACAAUCCUUCCCCUCCAAGUGGGUGGAGUGGCUGGAUGCGCCUGCCAACACAGAACUCGAAGGCGAGGAAGCAAAACUACCGCAAGAGAUCAAGGAGAUUAUCGAAAGCGGCGGCGUGGACCCUAGGGAGUGGGUUAGUGAGUGGAUGGAAGAGACCAUCAACCUCAGUGUAGGCAUAGUUGCACAGCGUUACGUUGCACGGAGAAUGGGUGUCGGCGAAGGGGGCUUGGGAAGAGGCAUGACUAGGGAGAUGAUUGUGGAUGCUGGCGGCGGCGAGGCUGCACGAGCUGGCAUUAUCUAAGCAUAUCUUGGUGUUGGACUUUCUUUCUUCCUUGGGUCAAUGAUACGGCGCUACCAUUCGGAGCUCUCUCUACGAGCGGGGUACUUGAGAUGCUAAUGACAACACCUUCUCCUCG